AUGGAGGACCUCAAGGCCCAGGCGGCUGCCCACCCCGUGGAGGAGGACCCCUUUGAGGACGGCAUGGCACCCAAGGAAGCUCAAACAGUCCACCACAUCCGGGCAAACAGCUCUAUCAUCCACCUCAAGAAGCUGCUGGUUGCCAACAGAGGCGAGAUUCCCAUUCGUAUCUUCAGAACGGCUCACGAGCUUUCGCUGCAUACCAUUGCAGUUUUCAGUUAUGAAGACCGGCUUAGCAUGCACCGCCAAAAGGCUGACGAGGCUUACGUUAUCGGCAAGCGUGGACAAUAUACACCAGUCGGUGCAUAUCUGGCCGGCGACGAGAUCAUUAAGAUUGCCUUAGAGCAUGGUGCACAGAUGAUCCACCCUGGCUACGGCUUCCUCUCUGAAAACGCCGAGUUUGCCAGAAAUGUCGAGAAGGCCGGUCUCGUCUUCGUUGGGCCUGCGCCCGAAGUCAUUGAUGCCCUUGGCGACAAGGUCUCGGCUCGAACGCUCGCAAUUGCUGCCAAGGUGCCCGUCGUACCCGGCACUGAGGGCGCAGUCGACAAGUUUGAAGAUGUCAAGGCCUUCACGGACGAAUAUGGAUUUCCUAUCAUCAUCAAGGCCGCUUACGGCGGUGGUGGUCGUGGCAUGAGAGUGGUGCGGGACCAGGCCAGUCUCCAAGAGUCCUUCGAGAGAGCCACCUCGGAGGCCAAGUCUGCCUUUGGCAACGGCACAGUCUUCGUAGAGCGCUUUCUCGACAAGCCAAAACACAUCGAAGUCCAGCUGCUGGGAGACAAUUUCGGCAACAUUGUGCAUCUGUUCGAACGUGACUGCUCUGUCCAACGCAGACAUCAAAAGGUGGUGGAGAUCGCACCGGCAAAGGAUCUUCCGAUCGAGGUUCGCGAUGCCAUCUUGGCGGAUGCCGUCAAGCUGGCAAAGUCGGUCAACUACCGCAACGCCGGUACUGCUGAGUUCCUGGUGGACCAGCAGAACCGAUACUACUUCAUUGAGAUUAACCCGCGUAUCCAGGUCGAGCAUACCAUCACUGAGGAAAUCACGGGCAUUGACAUUGUGGCGGCCCAGAUUCAGAUCGCAGCGGGUGCUACGCUUAACCAGCUUGGCUUGACGCAAGAUCGCAUCUCCACCCGCGGUUUUGCCAUCCAGUGCCGUAUCACCACGGAGGAUCCUGCCAAGGGAUUCCAGCCUGAUACGGGCAAGAUCGAGGUCUACCGAUCAGCCGGUGGUAACGGUGUGCGUCUUGAUGGUGGCAAUGGGUUCGCUGGUGCGGUCAUCACCCCACACUACGACUCCAUGCUGGUCAAGUGCACAUGUCUGGGCUCCACCUACGAAAUUGCACGUAGAAAGAUGUUGCGUGCUCUCGUCGAGUUCCGCAUCCGUGGUGUCAAGACGAACAUUCCCUUCUUGGCUUCCUUGAUUACCCAUCCGACCUUCAUCGACGGCACAUGCUGGACCACUUUCAUCGAUGAUACCCCUCAGCUGUUCGACCUGAUUGGUGGCCAGAACCGAGCCCAGAAGUUGCUAGCAUACCUUGGCGAUAUUGCCGUCAAUGGAAGUAGUAUCAAGGGCCAGAUUGGCGACCCUAAGUUUAAGGGUGACGUCAUCCUGCCCGAGCUGCUCAACCAAGACGGUUCCAAGCUCGACGUCUCUCAGCCCUCUGCACAAGGCUGGAGGAAGAUCAUUGUUGAGCAAGGCCCCAAGGCAUUUGCCAAGGCUGUCCGCAGCUACAAAGGCUGUCUGCUCAUGGACACGACUUGGCGCGACGCUCACCAGUCGCUCCUAGCUACACGUGUCCGAACUGUCGACCUGCUGAACAUCGCCAAGGAGACCAGUCAUGCUCUGGCCAACUCCUACAGUUUGGAGUGCUGGGGUGGCGCUACUUUCGAUGUUGCUUUCCGCUUCCUCUACGAGGACCCGUGGGACCGACUCCGAAGGAUGCGCAAGCUCAUCCCCAACAUCCCCUUCCAGAUGUUGCUUCGCGGUGCCAACGGUGUCGCCUACGCUUCGUUGCCCGACAACGCCAUAUUCCACUUCGUCGAGCAGGCUAAGAAGAACGGUGUUGACAUCUUCCGAGUCUUCGAUGCUCUGAACGACAUUGACCAGCUUGAGGUUGGGAUCAAGGCCGUGCAGAAGGCCGGUGGUGUUGCCGAGGGUACUGUCUGCUACAGUGGUGACAUGUUGAACCCCAAGAAGAAGUACAAUCUCAAGUACUACAUGGAGCUGGUUGACAAGCUGGUUGCACUUGACAUCGACGUUCUCGGUAUCAAAGACAUGGCUGGUGUUCUGAAGCCUCAUGCCGCCACUCUUCUCAUUGGCGCCAUCCGAGAGAAGUACCCUGAACUGCCCAUCCACGUUCACACUCACGACUCGGCUGGAACUGGUGUUGCCUCCAUGGUUGCGUGCGCCCGGGCUGGUGCCGAUGCUGUGGAUGCGGCCACAGACAGCUUGUCGGGAAUGACUUCUCAGCCCAGCAUCAACGCUAUCCUGGCUUCUUUCGAGGGGUCUGAUCUUGACCCCGGCUUGAAUCCUGCUCAUGUCAGAGCUCUUGACAGCUACUGGGCCCAGAUACGUCUCCUGUACUCGCCUUUCGAAGCCCACCUGGCUGGUCCCGAUCCCGAAGUGUACGAGCACGAGAUCCCCGGUGGUCAGCUCACCAACAUGAUGUUCCAGGCCCAGCAGCUCGGUCUCGGUUCGCAGUGGGCUGAGACCAAGAAGGCCUAUGAGCACGCCAACGACCUCCUUGGUGAUAUCGUCAAGGUCACGCCAACGUCCAAGGUUGUUGGUGAUCUUGCUCAAUUCAUGGUGUCCAACAAACUUUCGUCUCAGGACGUCGUGGAUCGUGCUGGCGAUCUUGACCUUCCCGGAUCCGUGCUCGAGUUCCUCCAGGGCAUGAUGGGCCAGCCGUACGGCGGGUUCCCAGAGCCGCUGCGCACCAGAGCUCUUCGCAACCGGCGCAAGUUCGAUAAACGGCCCGGUCUGUUCCUCGAACCAGUUGAUAUGAAGAAGGUGCGCACCGAGCUAGGACAGAAAUGGGGCCAAGUCACGGAGUGCGAUCUAGCAAGCCACCUCAUGUACCCCAAGGUGUUCGAAGACUACAAGAAGUUUGUGCAAAAGUUUGGCGAUCUGUCUGUUCUGCCCACCAAGUACUUCCUCUCCCGACCCGAGAUUGGCGAGGAGUUCCACGUCGAACUUGAGAAGGGCAAGGUCCUCAUCCUGAAGCUGUUGGCCGUCGGUCCCCUUUCGGAGAAUACUGGUCAGCGAGAAGUGUUCUACGAAAUGAACGGCGAGGUCCGCCAAGUCACCGUCGAUGACAAGAAAGCAAGCGUCGACAACGUCAGCCGGCCCAAGGCCGACGCCGGUGACUCGAGCCAGGUCGGCGCGCCGAUGGCGGGUGUGCUGGUCGAGCUGCGCGUCCACGAGGGCACCGAAGUGAAGAAGGGUGACCCUCUGGCCGUGCUCAGCGCCAUGAAAAUGGAAAUGGUUAUCUCGGCACCCCAUAGCGGAAAGGUUUCGGGGCUGCAGGUCAAGGAGGGAGAUUCGGUGGAUGGAUCGGACUUGGUGUGCAGAGUUACCAAGGCUUAA